GUAUCACAGUCGUAUUUAGCUAUCAAUAGCGUCUUUUAAAAUAGUAAACCGGUCUAGCGGCAGUGAUAUCAGAUUGGUCUGCAUCACCCCGUAUGACCUCAACGACUAUGCGGCAAAUCAAUUGGCGGUGGUAUCGUAGUGAAGACCGGGCGCAUCAGUGAUUGAAUCUCUUCCUUUCACGGUAUGUCAUUUGGCGUUGGUCUGAAGCUGCUGCGCACGUGUAUCCGUCGAUCCUCUGUUGUGAAGUCCGCGCGCCCCUGCUGCUGUGUGCGCAGAGCAAAUGCAAUGUAAACGAAACGACGUUAGGACAACAUGACUAUCCUGAAAGACAUCCCGGAGAAGUGGUUUCCAAUCAUUCUCCCUCUGAAAUGGAAGAAAGAAGGAUUGUCCAGUUCUACAAAAAUAAGAAAAGGAUCAGAGGAGGAAAGGAGAGUCCGAGCCAAUGAUAGAGAGUACAAUGAGAAGUUCCAGUAUGCUAGCAAUUGCAUCAUGACCUCAAAGUAUAACAUCAUCACCUUCCUACCAGUCAACCUGUUUGAGCAGUUCCAGGAAGUUGCCAACACCUACUUCCUGUUUCUCCUCAUUCUGCAGUUGAUUCCACAGAUUUCCUCAUUGUCCUGGUUCACUACCAUUGUGCCUUUAGUGCUGGUGCUGAGCAUCACUGCAGUCAAAGAUGCCACUGAUGAUUAUUUUCGUUACAAGAGUGACAACCAGGUGAAUAACCGUCAGUCUCAGGUCCUCAUCGCUGGCAUUCUUCAGAAGGAGAACUGGAUGAAUGUCAGAGUGGGUGACAUCAUCAAACUAGAGAACAAUCAAUUUGUGGCAGCUGACCUGCUGCUGUUGUCCAGCAGUGAACCUCAUGGUCUGUGUUACAUUGAGACUGCAGAACUGGAUGGCGAGACGAAUAUGAAAGUGCGUCAGUCUCUGUCUGUUACCUCAGAGCUUGGGGAUCCUAAUAAUCUGGCCCAGUUUGAUGGAGAAGUGGUGUGUGAGCCUCCCAACAACAAGCUAGACCGUUUCUGUGGUACCCUGUAUUGGAAAGACUGUAAAUACCACCUCAGCAACCAAAACAUGUUGCUCCGUGGCUGCGUACUGCGCAACACAGAGAGCUGCUACGGCCUUGUUAUAUUCGCAGGUCCCGACACCAAGCUGAUGCAAAAUAGUGGCUGCACCAAGUUUAAGCGGACCAGUAUAGACCGGCUGAUGAAUACACUGGUGCUAUGGAUUUUUGGGUUCCUGGUGUGUAUGGGAGUGAUUUUGGCCAUAGGGAAUGCGGUGUGGGAAAAAGAGGUGGGCUCUCUGUUUCAGAGUUUCCUCCCCUGGGACCCUCCAGUCAACAACUUCCUGUUCUCUGCGUUCCUCUCCUUCUGGUCCUAUGUUAUCAUCCUCAACACGGUUGUGCCGAUCUCCCUCUAUGUAAGUGUGGAGGUGAUUCGUCUAGGUCACAGUUACUUCAUUAAUUGGGACCGACGGAUGUACUGUAGCCGUAGUAACACAGCAGCAGAGGCCAGAACCACCACACUAAAUGAAGAGCUGGGACAGGUGGAGUACAUCUUCAGUGACAAGACAGGAACCCUUACGCAGAACAUCAUGACCUUCAACAAGUGCUCCAUCAACGGCCAUGCAUAUGGUGAAGUAAUAGAUAACUUAGGUUCACAAAAAAAGAGGGCACAGCCCCUGGAUUUCAGUGCAUGGAACCCCUUAGCAGACCGGGACUUCUGUUUCUAUGACCAGUCUCUGCUUGAGGCAGUAAUAGCGGGAGAACUGGCCGUGCAUGAAUUCUUCCGAGUGCUUUCUCUCUGCCACACGGUCAUGAGUGAGGAGAAGAGCGAGGGAGAGCUGUUGUAUAAGGCUCAGUCACCAGACGAGGGUGCGUUGGUAACAGCUGCGCGUAACUUUGGAAUUGUGUUUCGCUCUCGCACACCUGGUACAGUCACCACACAAGAGCUCAGCAAAGAGGUCACAUAUACGCUCCUCGCCAUCCUGGACUUCAAUAACAUCCGCAAAAGAAUGUCUGUCAUAGUGAGGAAUCCGGAGGGUCGUAUCCGUCUGUACUGUAAGGGGGCAGACACAGUGCUUUUUGAGAGGCUUCAUUCUUGCAAUCAGGAGCUGAUGAAUAUCACCUCAGACCAUCUUAACGAGUAUGCGGUUGACGGGUUGCGGACUCUUGCUGUGGCGUAUCGGGAUCUGUCUGAGGAGCAGUGGGAGGAGUGGGCGGAGCAUUACCGUCGCGCUGAUAAGUCCACAGACUGCCGGGAGGAUCGACUGGCUGCUGCCUAUGAGGAGAUCGAACAGGAUAUGAUGUUGCUAGGUGCCACAGCUAUAGAAGAUAAACUGCAGGAGGGUGUUCCUGAGACUAUUGCCAUACUCUCAUUGGCUAACAUCAAGAUCUGGGUGCUAACUGGAGACAAGCAGGAGACUGCUGUGAAUAUUGGUUAUUCCUGUAAAAUGCUGAGAGAUGACAUGACAGAGGUCUUCAUUGUAAAUGGACGCACUGUGCAAAGUGUGCGGGAGGAACUGAGAAAAGCAAGAGAACGAAUGUUGGAGUCAGCACGCACCAGAGAUGGAGGGAAGGAGGCUGAAGCUCAAGGUUGUGGUGGGGCGUGUGCUCUUGGAAAUGGUUGUGGAGAUGGUGGUGCUGCUAACUAUAUGCCUGAUGAGGCCAAAUGCCCCCCUCCUCAGGCCCCACCCUCCUCCUUGCUGGAGUCAAUCAGUGGAGAGUUUGCCCUCAUCAUCAAUGGACACAGCUUGGCUCAUGCAUUGGAGACGGAUAUGGAGCGUGAGUUUUUGGAGACGGCUUGUGCUUGUCGAGCAGUAAUUUGCUGCAGAGUUACUCCUCUACAGAAAGCUCUGGUGGUAGAGCUGGUUAAACGCCGUAAGAAGGCCGUCACACUUGCCAUCGGAGAUGGAGCCAAUGAUGUCAGCAUGAUAAAGACAGCUCAUAUUGGUGUGGGAAUCAGUGGUCAGGAGGGGAUCCAGGCCGUGCUUUCAUCAGAUUACUCUUUUUCUCAGUUCCGCUUCCUGCAGCAACUUUUGCUGGUGCACGGACGUUGGUCCUACCUGCGUAUGUGUCGUUUUCUGUGUUACUUCUUCUACAAAAACUUUGCCUUCACUAUGGUGCACUUCUGGUUCGGAUUCUUCUGUGGUUUCUCAGCACAGACUGUCUACGACCAGUAUUUCAUCACACUCUACAAUAUUGUGUACACAUCCCUGCCUGUGUUGGCAAUGGGCAUCUUUGAUCAGGAUGUCCCUGAACAGAGGAGUCUAGAGUAUCCAAAGCUGUAUGAGCCAGGCCAGCUGAACCUGCUGUUUAACAAACGCGAGUUCUUCAUCUGCAUUGCACAAGGAAUCUACACCUCUGUGGUUCUGUUCUUCAUUCCAUAUGGCGUUCUCUCUAACGCCACACAGAGUAAUGGAGUUCCACUGGCAGACUACCAAACUUUCGCUGUCACUACUGCGACAGCCCUUGUUAUAGUCGUCAGCGUCCAAAUUGCUCUGGACACGGGUUAUUGGACAGCUAUAAAUCACUUCUUUAUAUGGGGAUCUUUGGGUACCUACUUCACUAUCCUCUUUGCUAUGCACUCCAGCAUCCUGUUCAACAUCUUCCCCAAGCAGUUCCAUUUCCUUGGAAGUGCACAUAACACACUUGGGCAGCCAGUGGUGUGGUUAACUAUUGCACUGGCUACCAUCAUCUGUAUUGCUCCAGUCCUCGCCUUCCGCUUCCUCAAACUGGACCUAAAACCUCAGCUCUCAGAUACUGUGCGCUACACUCAACUCGUGCGGCAGAAGAAGAGAAAGCCCAGUGGGCGCACGGGUCGUGGAGUGGGUGGAGCUGGAGCAGCUGGUGGCAAUGCUCUGGGUCGUCUGGGCAGAGGUGGCUCUCGACGCUCUGGUUAUGCAUUUGCGCAUCAGGAAGGUUUUGGCGAGCUGAUCACAUCGGGAAAGAAUAUGCGCCUGAGCUCAUUUGCCUCCCGCCACAGCAGUGGCUGGAUUGACACUCUUCGCAAGAAAAAACAUUCAAACAACAGUGGUGCACAGAAUAUCCUGACAAAUGGUGAUGACUGUAAAGUCUCCUCUCAAGCCCCACCCCUUUCCACUUCUUCCUCAGUGAUUGGUCCUCAGGGCACAACCCCAGGAGAGACAGGGCAAUCAUGUAAUGAAACUGGCCUCACUCGCAGCCUUGAUGACAUUGCUCUCAGCAAGCUUAGGUGUACAGAAAAAGUGUCUGGAGGAUGUAGUACUGGAACUGUGCAGGAAACACUGUUUGUUUGGAGGGGAACUGCACCCUGGAUCAGUGGUCCCAGCAGCCCAGGGCCUCCCCCCAUUGCAGAGGAAACUUCUAGUGCUGAGUGAGAAAAGGUGAAUGACUGGUGGAUAAACCAACUGGAAUCCUUUAUGUGGAUGCUCUUGCCUUCUGGUUUGUUUGGUCAUGUUUCUGUGUGAGAAGAUGACCAGUGCAGACAGGCACCAGACAGCUUGGAAGUAAAGACAUGUCUUUAAAAAUAUGCAGAUUCAGUGGUCAACAGGCAAAAACAAAGAGGGUUAUGUGUUGCCACAUUCCUUGUAUUUCACUGUAUACAUUAUCUCAUAUCUUGUCUGUAAGGAGAGCUUAUUUGAAGUUAUUUGAGCUGUUUAUGGCUGAAAGAAUGUUCUAUUCUAGUCUACUUGUAAAAACCACAAACCACCAAAUAAGAUGACAUGGGUGACAUACCACACACCUCCCUGUCCAUGUAGCUGAUGUUAAUAGCUCUCAUAUGCUAAAUUAAAUUUUAAGUUAUUAUUUUAAAUUACAUGUUUAAUUUAUAUAUGUAAAUUUAGACUUCUUUUAUUUGGAGAGAAAGCAAGGGAAAAAAUCCCAAAUACCUUAAAUGUUAAUACAUAUGCAUUUCUACUUACUGACCUCUGUCAUUCUCAGCCAUAUCAAGUUUUUUUUAAUGAUUUCUUGAUAGUCUUGUAUUUUAUAUUCUUCUUUUGAAAUCUCAGUCAGGUCAACAGAUUUCUUUGUCUAAAGUACAUAUGAUGAGCAUUCUUAUUCUUCCUUCUUUUUUUAUCUCUCUGUCACCAUCUUUUUCAACACAUUGUUCUGCAAAUUGAUUUAAAUUACUUAUUUUUUUAUCUGUUUGUUGCUCAGCAUAAGGCUGUUGACUUUUUCUUUAAUGAUAAUCUCUCUAAAAACUAUUUUACCCUAUUUUAUUUUUCUCCCCAAUUUUGGAAUGCCCAAUUCCCACUAUCUAAUAGGUCCUCGUGGUGGCAUGGUUACUCACCUCAAUUCGGGUGACGGAGGACAAGUCCCGGUUGCCUCUGCUUCUGAGACCGUCAAUCCGCACAUCUUAUUACUUGGCUCGUUGUGCAUGUCACUGUGGAGACUCACAGCAUGUGAAGGCAGAUGCUACUCUCCGCGAUCCACUCACAACUUACCACGUGCCCCAUUGAGAGCGAGAACCACUUAAUCGCGACCACAAGGAUGUUACCCUAUGUGACUCUACAAUCCCUAGCAACCAGGACAAUUUGGUUGCUUAGGAGACUCGCUGAGCUACCCAGGCCCUAUUUUACCCUAUUUCUUAAGAUUUGUGCAUUUAAAAUAUUUAACCAAAUUCAAUCAAAUUGAAUUGUGUAAUGUUUAACAAAAAUACAUUAAUAAAUGUAAAACAAUUAAUUAUUUUAUUUUAUCUAUUUUUUUUACUUUUUUAUGUAUGAUUACACAAUUCAAUUUGAUAGAAUUUUGUUAUGAAAUUGAAAUAUUUAAAUCUUAAAGUAUUUAUUGAGUGUAUGUAAUCGUCAGCCGAGAAGUGAAUAUCCCCAUGUGCUGUUAGAGAACAUGUGUUGUGGGUCUGUUUGACAUUGAAUCCAUUUAAUUAUCUGUAAACUAUAACUUUAGCCUGCUUAGCAGAUUCGCUUUGCUUCCCAAUGUUGAGAAUAGCACUAAGUGUGUUUUUCUGAGUGACAAAACACUAUUGUUCUCAGUGAGAAUGUGACUACUCCACUGGAUGAAAUCCUUCUUUCCUCAUCCCUCUCUUUUCACCAUAUUGGUGCUGAACGACCCUGAACGUCUAUGAAGACUUAAAGCUACUGUAAAGGCUGGUUGACCGGAAGUCCAAUCAGUUCAAACCCGAAACUGUUCAGCUGGAUCUUUGAUCAAUUAGCCAUUUGGUUUACAGUGGUGCAUUGAUCCAAUGGACUAUAAAAGUGAAUUUGUUGGGAUUUUGUGUGAAGUUGGGAAAAAAAAAUUCACAAAAGAGUUACCAAAUGGAUUCCACCUUGACUGUCUUAGUCUUAUGUCUUGUGGCCUUCACCAGUAUUUUAAUUUAUUUUGCGUGUAUAUUAUUGUGAAUGAGAGACAGACCAAGAGAGUACUGAGAGACUAUAGAACGUAUUGAGACUUGCCAUGCGCCCUUAUAGUUAGACCUAGCUCUCAUUCUGUUCAAUAGCGGUAACGAUGUAUGCCUUAAAAGUAUAAAGUGUCAGUGUUAUUUUUUUAAAUGUGUACAUAUUUCCAUCCACAGCAUAAAAAUAUAUUGCAAUAAGAGAUUUAAAAUAAUCUCAAAGCAUAUGGGUAUCUCUUGCAAUUUGUCAGCCAAAUUAAUGGGAAGGUCCAUUCAUCAUGACCCGUGUUGUAAACAGUAGAUGACCCUGCUGUUGUGAUCUAGUAAACAAUGGAAAUAUAUGAUUAAAUGA